CAAUUAUACAAGAGAAAACAAUCAUUCAAUUGGCUGCUGGGUGGCAAUGUCUCCUUUAAAAAAGGAUAUAGUUUUCAUGAUACUAAAGUUUCUAGGUGAAGGGAAGUUAAAGGAAACAGUUCAUAUGUUGGAACAGGAAUGCGGGUUUUACUUCAACAUGGAACAUUUUGAAGAUCUAGUUCAGGCAGGCCAGUGGGAUGAAGUAGAACGAUAUCUCAGUGGUUUUACCAAAGUCGACGACAAUCAAUAUUCGAUGAAAAUCUUCUUGGAGGUCAGAAAACAGAAGUACCUUGAAGCACUUGAAAGUAAUGAUAGGACUAAGGCCGCCGAGAUAUUUGUAAAAGAUCUCAAGGUUUUUUAUACCUACAGCGAGGAGAUCUUCAAGGAGGUGACUAUGUUGCUUGAUCCGGAGAAAUAUAGUAAGAACAAGCAGCUAUCCAAGUGCAGACAUACAAAAUUGGCACGCAACAUAAUGUUUAUGGAGCUUAAGAAGCUUAUCGAAGCUAAUCCUUUACUUAAUGACAAGUUAAACUUUCCAUCAUUUAGUUCUAAUCGCUUAGAGGCCCUAGUCAACCAAAGUCUUAAUUGGCAGCAUUAUCUUUGCAAGGAUCCCCAACCUGACCCUGAUAUUGAAACACUCUUCACUGAUCACUCUUGUGCUUCUUCUGCCAAUGGUGCACGACCACCUCCUGCAAGCAAUGAACCAUUCUUUGCGCCUCCUUCCAACUCUGCAGCAUUCCGACCGUCAGCCACUCAUAGUCCGUUUCAACCAGUUGUUUCUCAACCUGCAAGUGCCAUGGCCGGGUGGAUGGCCAAUGCUAACCCACCAUUAACUCAGGAUGCUCCUGUAGUACACCUACCACAUUUUGGACAACCUUCCAGUUUCACAUCGUUUCUAAGUAACCCGAGGCUUCAUAUUCCAGAUGCUGUACACUUGAUGAAGAGAAUUCACAUAGGCCAACCAGAUGAGGUAUCACUCUCAGAUGCAACUCAUCAGCACACCAUUUUUCCCAAGGAUGGCAUUCCCCAAAUUGUCAUAUGGACUUUUAAUCAGGGCUCUGACGCGAUGAGCUUGGACUUUCAUCCUAUACAUACUCGAAUUCUUCUAGUUGGAACAAACGUCGGUGACAUUACCAUAUGGGAAGUCGGAUCGAGAGAAAGGAUCGCACACAAGACUUUUCGAGUUAGGGAUAUUGAUUCUUGUUCUUUGGCCUUCAAGACAGUGCUUGCAAAAGAUGCUUCAGUUACUGUCAAACGAUGCAUGUGGUGUCCUGAUGGCUCCAUUCUUGGUGUUGCAUUCUCAAAGCAUCUAGUCCAGACAUAUACUUUUGAUUUAAAUAGGGAAUUGCAUCAAAUGCUGGAGAUUGAUGCUCAUGUUGGCAGUGUCAAUGACAUUGCAUUUUCCCGUCCCAAUAACAGUUUGUCAAUUGUCACUUGUGGUGAUGACAAGACAAUUAAAGUUUGGGACACUAAAACAGGGCAAAAGCAGUACAUAUUUGAGGGGCAUCAAGCCCCAGUUUACUCUGUCUGUCCUCAUUAUAAAGAGUCUAUCCAGUUCAUCUUCUCUACUGCAAUUGAUGGGAAAAUCAAAGUAUGGAUUUAUGAUUGUUUGGAAUCGAAAAUUGACUUUGAUCCUCCUGGACAUUGGUGCACCAGAAUGCAAUAUAGCACUGAUGGAACAAGGCUUUUUUCGUGUGGAACGAGUAAAGAUGGAGAAACACUUCUAAUGGAGUGGAAUGAGGGUGAGGGAUCUAUUAAAAGGAUCUACUCUGGCUUGAGAAAAAAUCCAUCAGAAGUUGUCCAGUUCGACACAACUAAGAAUCACUUCUUGGUUGCUGGAGAUGAUUUCGCGAUUAAGUUUUGGGACUUGGAUAAUGCUAAUAUCUUGCAUUCUAUUGUCGCAGACGGAGGACUUCCUUUGCAGGCAAGUCCAAAGGUGAAAUUCAAUAGGGAGGGCACACUUCUUGCGGUUACAACAAACAAUUGUAGAAUCAAAAUCUUGGCGAACGCCGAUGGACAAAGAAUCGUAAUGAUGAACGAGGGAUCGCGAGGCCCUUCUCAACACAUUAGUACAAAUGUUAAGGUAGAUUUCAAGCCACCUAAAUUUUGAUACAGAAGUAAAAGUUAAAAACUUGUUGAGCUAUUGAACUCUACUUGAAGAAUAAUUAACAGUGGUCCAUUUUACCACUUGUAUACACAUAUGUAAUGCCAACAUAUGCAAUGCAGUCAUUGUUUUAAGCUUCGAUCGACUCAUCCAAACCAAAGUG